AAUUUAUUAGAAAAACAACGUGCAGAUAUGUACAGGUGAAGGUGAGAGGUCUCUCUCUUAUUCUCUCUGGCAAGGGCUGGAUCUCUGGGAUCUAGUGAGAACAGAAUAGGGUGAGUACAGGGGCGUGGGAGCCCUCAGUCCCUAACCCGGCUAUGGUCUUACUUGAGGAUUUACAGGGGAAAGCUCGGCUGGAGAUCUGGGACUGGUGGGUCCGCGAGGCCGGGGCUCAGGGAAGGGAGGUGGGCUGGUAAGCGGAAGAACAGGAAUCCAGGGUGGAAAAACCUUCCAGCCAGUAACUCGGGUCAGGCGGCCAAGGCGUCACGGAGGGGCCACCUGGGAAGAGGUUACACGAAAUUAGUUACUUCAAGAAACAGGUUGGUCAGAGGAUGGCUAGUAACAACAGAUACCAUAACUGGCUAACACUCUGGCACUGGAGUGUCGGCAGCUCCAUCCAGAUAUACUCCUCCAAAUGAGUCAGAUAUGUGUCAGGUGUGCAGCCGCGAAACCACGCCCUCCAGGAACCUCCAGGAAGCCCCCUGGUGGAAAAAGUGGGAAAGAACCCCAGCCAGCCUUCCCCAGAUCCCAACAAAACCUACCAUUAACUGGUAACUGGUUAUGCUCCAGUCAGUAAGUGGCAGUGUUCAAAUUACAUUGACAUUGCUUCCUGUCAUGAGACACAAACAGGUAAAAAUCCCUGUGACUGACUGGUUUAACCAGAGUGACAAGGAAAUCAGACUCACACACUGUUCUGGAAAAUGAUGGUGUGUUUUACUGGUUAUCGUUCUGACGCCGUUUAAACCUUUACAGGUGUGAAAUGCUUUCAAAUGAGGAAAUGGAGGAAAACAAUUCUUCCCCUAAAGCUGCUGUGUCUGCACAAAUGAACAAACAGGCUACAGAUUACAGCCAAAUGAAGCAGGACGGACCAGGAUCUUCCCAGGAAAACCGUGUGUCCAUGCAAAGUAAAGACGAACCAAUUCAAUUCAAGGAAAGAGAACCCGCUGGAAAUAAAAACCAAAUGGAUCUGGAGACACCAGAACCACCUCAACCAACUUGUGUGUCCAUGUUUGCUGGGAGUACUGAGCAAUCUAAAGAUGAAUCAAAUGAACCCAAGAGACGACGCCCCUCUCUUCUUGAAAUGUUGGCUCGCCUAUCGACUUUCUCUAACCAGAGAUCAGAGGCUUUUAGAGACCCUAAAGAACACCUGGAUUCUGUUUUCAUGGUGCUUGAGGAUGACAUUAUCAGUUUUGUAAGAACUGAACUGCAGAAGAUGAAGAACAUGCUGAGCCCAGAGGGCUCAAGUUGCCCUAAAGUGGAUGAUGAAACAGCUGGGAAUGAAGAGCAAAGGAGUGACAACAGAGAUGCAUUCCUGAAAAUCACACUGAACUUCCUGAAGAGAAGGAAUGAAGAGCAGCUGGCUGAUUCUUUACAAAAUAAAACUCAAGCUGCUAUUUGCCAGGUGAAAUUAAAGUCCAGCCUGGCCAAAAGGUGUCAGUACUUGUUUGAAGGUAAUUCAUGGAGAGGAAAACUGACACCUGUGAAUCAGAUCUACACUGAGCUUAAUGUCACAGAGCAAGAGACAGGAGAGGUCGACAAUGAACAUGAGGUUCAACAAACUGAAGCAGCAUCCUUGAAACCAGAUGAUCCAGAAACAACCAUCAGCUGUAAGAACAUUUUUAAACCUGGAAGAGAUGAGCAAAUCAGAACGCUGGUGACCAAAGGUGCCGCUGGCAUUGGGAAAACACUCUUGACACAGAAGUACACUUUGGACUGGGCUGAAGGUAAAACCAACCGUAAUAUACAGUUUAUCUUCCCAUUCACCUUCCGAGAGCUCAACUUGCUGAAAUCUCAAACCAUCACCUUAGUGGGACUCAUUCAUCAGUUCUUUCCUGAAAUAAGAAAAGCAGGAAUCUGUAGCUUUGAAGAGUUCCAGAUUGUGUUUAUUUUUGAUGGUCUGGAUGAACUUCAACCUCCUCUGGACUUCCACCACACUCCGGUUCUGAUAGAUGUUACAGAACCCUCCUCAGUCCACACGAUACUUGUAAACCUCAUCAGAGGGAAGCUGCUUCCCUCUGCUCGUCUCUGGAUAACCACACGACCCGCAGCAGUCCAUCAGAUCCCUAUUCAGUAUGUUGACAGUGAGAAAGAAAUCAGAGGUUUCACAGACCAGCGGAAGAAAGAAUAUUUCAGAAAGAGAUUCCAAGACAAGGAACACACCAAUAAGAUCAUAUCUCAUAUUGAGACAUCAAGAAGCCUCCAUACAAUGUGUCACAUUCCUGUUUUCUGUUGGAUCACUGCUACAGUUCUGGAUCAGGUCCUGAAAGAAAAUAAGAAAACUGAGAUGCCCCAAACCCUGACUGAGUUGUAUAUCAAUUUCAUGGUUGUACAGGUCAGUCAGGACAAUGAAAAAUAUCACAAAAAAGUGUUGACAACUGAUGCCACCUGGAAUCCAGAGACUGGGAAAAUCUUUCUUGCAAUUGGAAAACUAGCCUUUGAGCAGCUGGAAAAAAGAAACCUGCUCUUUUAUGAAGAGGACCUAAAAGAGUCUGGCAUUGACAUAAACACUGCUUCGACUUACCCAGGAGUGUUUACAGAGACUUUCAAGGAAGAAAGCGUACUGAACCGGAAAAGGCUGUUUUGUUUUGUCCAUCGGAGCAUUCAAGAGUUUCUGGCUGCACUUUAUGUCUUCUUGGUGUUCAUGAAGACUGGGGACAAUCUGAUGAGAAGAAGCCGCAGUGCUUUGCAACCUGAAUCGAAAUUUAAACAGUUUUACCAGAGUGCAGUGGACAAGGCUUUGGAGAGUCCAGAUGGAUACUUGGACAUGUUUACCCGCUUUCUCUUGGGGCUUUCACUGAAAACUAACCAAGACCUCCUACAAGGCUUGUUGCAAAAGACCAAAAACGCUCCACAGGUUCAAAAAACGCUUGUCCAACACAUCAAAAAAAAUAUCAGGGAUUGUCCUUCAGUUGAGAAAAGCAUCCGGAUGUUUCACUGGCUGAAUGAACUGAAUGACCACUCUCUAGAGGAGGAGAUACGGCUGUACCUGAGUGGAGAAGUCCUUGAAAAAGAGCUCACCUCUUCUCAGUGGUCAGCACUGAUCUUUGUCUUGUUGUCUUCACAAAAAGUGCUUGAUGUUUUUGACUUCAAGAAGUUUUCUAAAUCAAAGGAGGCCCUUGUGUGGCUAGCACCAGUGGUGAAAGCAUCAAAAAAGUCUCUGCUGUGUAGCUGUAACCUGUCGCAGAGAAACAGUAUACAUGUGGUGCCAGUAUUAACCGCUGAGAACUCUUGCCUCAGUGAGUUGGACCUGAGUGACAAUGACCUGCAUGAUGAAGGAGUAGAUUUGCUUUCUUUUGGACUCAGGAGUCCAAAGUGUAGACUGAAGGUUCUCAUCUUGUCAGGCUGUCUGGUCACAGAGAAAGGCUGUGAUUAUCUGGCUUCAGCUCUGACCUCCAACCCUUCUUAUCUGAGAGAGCUUGACCUGAGCUUCAACCAUCCAGGAGAAUCAGGGCUCAAUGCUUUUUCCGCUGGGCUCCAGGAUCCAAACUGGAAACUGAAAACUCUAAAGGCAGAUCAUUGUGGAAAACACCGCCUGAAUCCAUCACCCCAAAGGUUCUUCCUUGAGCAGUUACUGGAUCCCAACACAGCAAACAGAAAUCUGGUGCUGUUACCGGACAACAAACAUGUGAAGGCUGUGAAAGAGGAGCAGCCGUACCCCGACCAUCCAGAGAGGUUUGACACCUGGAAGCAGGUGCUGUGCACUGAUGGUCUGACUGGUCGCUGCUACUGGGAGGUCCAAUGGAUAGGGACAGUCAGAAUAGGACUGUCAUACAAAGGAAUCAGGAGGAAGGGGGAGGAUGAUGAGUGCUGCAUUGGUGGGAACGAUCAGUCCUGGGCUCUUUCAUGCAGUCCUCAGAGUUUCGCUGCCUGGCACAACAACACACCAACAGAAAUAAAACCGUUCGAAAAGACCAACUCCAACAGGCUGGCAGUGUAUUUGGACUGGUCUGCAGGCACUGUGUCCUUUUACUCACUUCCUGGCAUAGUUUCCUCCAUAAAAAAGAUUCACCUUCAUACGUUUGAGACAACAUUCACUGAACCACUCUAUGCUGCAUUUGGGUUUGAACAAACCCAGGAGCUUGAGGAUGAAUCCUCUUCAGUUUCCCUGAUUCAAGUUGAAUAAUGAGGCCUGAUCCUUUGGAGAAAAAUGUUUUACAAAGUGAACUAAGCAGCAAUCAAAAGUCAGGUGGACAGAUAAUCUAUUCAUGUAUGUAUUUAUCUAAUACAACAAGAUUAUAGUUCAGAUGUGAACUCUCAAUAAGUAAAUGGUCCAUUUGCAAAGAUAAUAAUCAGAGAACAUAUCAAACAAAAAUACACACACACACACGCACACACACACCCACACACACACAUAUAUACACAUAAUCUAUAAACUCAAACGUGCUUAACUUGAAUUACCCAGAGAAAACCCUGCACAUCUGGAGAACAUCAAAGCUUCAGACCAAGAAGGUUUAUCAGGUGUCUAGAAGCACCAUCACCAGCCUCUCCUCUGCUCUAAUCCAUCCUGAUAGAACUAUUGUUUUUAUUUGUUUUGAUUUCAUUUAUUGCUCUUAAUAAACUAUUUAAGCCUUAACAUUAAAAUGUACUUUAAUAAACAACAUUGAUUAUAUUUGAAAGUCUCAAUAUCAAGAACGACAACAACUAUGAACUUAUCAGAAGUUAAAUCUUCAAAAGCUAAACUGGCUGUUUAUGACAGCAAACCUUCAGGUUAUGAAGAUGAUAAUGUUUAAAAAACAAAUAAUUUUAAACAAACUUUUCAAGUUAAAGGAAAAACUGAAGGAUUCACUAACAACAGCGCUGUCGAGUUAGUUUAUUAAAUUAAAUUAACUUGUCCUCUGGGUUUAUUGUCUGCAACGUUUUGCAGACAAAAUAAACUAAAAGAUUUAUAAAAAUGUGUCUUUAAUUCUUAGCAAUAAUUUUUCCUUUGCUUUUCUAAAGGAAACAGACUUGGAUUCUCAACUCGCCUACAUUGUGAAGCAGUUUCUAGAUUCUUGCAGAAAGGAACCUAAUUUUGUUGUAUUUAUUUAAAAAUGUCUAGUUUUUCUAUUAAAUGCCAAGAUUUAAAAUUUUAAUGAACAAAACAAGCAUUCUGUAUGUGAUUUUGUUUAAUUGUUAUUUAAUGUUAAUACAGUUUUCUAUGUAUCUGAAGUUUUUCUGACACUUUGAUUUGGUUUUUAUUUGAUCAGAUUAUUAUCUGCUGUAAUUUUAUUAGCAAUUCUAAAGUGUUUAUAUGCUAACUAUUAUGACUUUCUUUGUAAAUGUCCACUAAUGUGUUGGAAUGUGUAGUGUGUAUGAUAAAUAUAGUCUGAUGCCAUGUCAUGUUAUUAAACUAACAACUUAAGCUCUAAGAGA